AUGAAGUCGGUCAACCUAUUAGAGGGGACCUCGGCCGACGACACAGUCAGGCUUCACGAGGUGGCUAAAACCAUCUACAAGGCAAGAAAAUCCGUGAUAUUAACGGGUGCUGGAAUCUCGUGCAAUGCAGGCAUUCCGGAUUUCAGAUCAGACGAUGGGUUGUACAAUAUCGUCAAAGCAAAGUAUCCCCAGAGCUUCAUCAAGGGCCAGGAUUUGUUUGACAUCUCUCUCUUCAGAAACCAAGAGACUCUUCUGAUAUUUUGCACAUUCAUGGAGGGCCUUUAUAAGCACUCUUUGGCAGCUAAAGCAACCGAGACCCAUCGCUUCAUCAAAACGUUGAAGGACAAGAACAAGCUCUUGCGUUGUUACACACAAAACAUAGACAGCCUCGAAAAGAGAAUCGACCUCAACUGUGGUAUCGACCCUCAGGAAUUCAAUGAAAUCGAUAACGGCGCUGGCAAGCUGUUUCGGGAAAACUGGAAGUCUCUUGACGUCGUACAACUCCACGGCAACCUUCAUAAGCUUCUGUGUACCCAGUGCUUCAAGCACUACGACUGGACUCCCGAUGCCCAACAGAAACUUGAGCAAGGCGAGAACCCAGAAUGCGAGAACUGCUACCUCAAGUACCAGGAGAGACUCUACUCGGGCAAACGUCUUACUGGAAGUAUAGGAGUGUUGAGACCAGAUAUUGUCUUGUACGGUGAAAACCAUCCUCAAUCGGAGAUGCUUACGAGAGGUCUCAACAUCGACCUCGGAUUCAAGAGUGACUGCCUCCUUAUCAUGGGCACAUCACUUAAAGUAGAUGGAGUCAAAAAAUUGGUCAGAAGUUUGGCCAAAUCAAUUCACGAUAGAGGUGGAAAGGUUAUCUUCAUUAAUAAGCUGCCUUUACCAAAGCAAUGGACUAGUUUGGUUGACUACGAGGUGCUCAGUGACUGCGACGAUUUCGUCAGACAGCUCAAGAGAGAAAUCCCAGAUUUGUUCUUGACACAAGAGCAGCUCGACUCCAAGAAGCUCAAGUAUUCCACAAUGACACCAAAAUCUAUCAAGAAGGAGGUUCUUCUCGAUAUCAAGAAGGAAGCUAUUGCCACGAUGCAAAACAUCAAGCAAGAGCUCAAACAGGAGAGUUCGGAACCUGAGGUCAAAAACGAUGACGCCGAGCUUCUCACUCCUCCCACGACGCCAAGCAAGCAAAGGACAAUAGUUCUACCGAAGACUCGUCCAUCGCUCAAAAGAAAGAAUUCAGGUUCUGUCAAAAGAUUGCCCACACCUGCCUCAAGUUUUUGUGAGCCCAUCAAAGUCGAAUCUGACAGUGAGGUAGAGACAGAAGACGACACUCCGCUCCAAGAUAUCAGCGAGUCGAAGCUCAACUGCGGGACAUAUAAACCGCUCAUUCGCAUGGAUCUGUAUUCUAACGUUCUUGAGAACAUGCUUGUUGCGGAGCAAACAAAAGCAGCAGACGAUAUGGUGGCUCAAUCGGGUCUACUAGAUACUGAGACAGCCUUACAGAAGGAGCCUGAGAAGGCCGAAGGUGCUGCUAAAAAGGUAGCCGAAGAGCAUUCCAAAGCAGUCGAAUCCCCAAUUUCUAGCUACUGGUAUUUGGAUGACGAUACUACAAGAGCUAACCAGCAAUUCUCGGAUCGUAUAAUGGAAAAGUUGCUCUCUGUCAUGAUAGUCGAUGAAGUCGAUGGUCAGCAGAAGCUACUGCCAAUGAGAACAGCGAUGCAGAAGGAACGUCCGCCUUUCUCGAUGAGUGUCAUGAACACGAAUAGCACUCAAUUGGCGCAAAAGGCGUCCCCAAUGUUCGAGGGGUUUGAUGCUAUCUUUAUGUGCUUCUCCUGGCACAAUCCGUACUAUACUGUGGGGAUACUCUUAUUGAUAACUCAUGCCAUUCUUAGGCCGCAAUUGUUUGCACUGUUUCUUCCUGCCUUCAUCUUGGUCAGAUACAUGUUUCCCAGUUAUCUCAGGUUGUACCCAAGCGACAAUACAUUCGUGGAUGGUAGGUAUCUAAAGAGGAAUCCAUUCCCACACACUGGCAAGGCUCUUGGCAAAUUUAAGUCCCCUAAGCCCGCCCCCAUGUAUUCCAAAGAGUACUUGAUGAACUUUACAGAUAUGCAGAAUCAUAUUGUCCCUUACAUUCGUCUCCACGAUUCAUUAAUAGAAUGGGGUCAGCAUUACUUUUUGUUUGAGGACCAAAAGUUGAGCACAAUUGUGUUUUUAAUCUUGCUUUUCUUGAUUGGCUUCAACCUCUACAUCUUGCCAAUAGUCACUCCAUUGAUACUACGAGUGGUGUCUAUUCAAGCAAUCCUCAUAGCAUUGACAUGGGCAGUCUUCAUAAGUUCUCAUCCUGUGGUCAACAAUAAGAUUCUAGAUCUACUCGAGACCGAGGAGGCCAGACUCGCAAGAUUAGACCGCACUGAUAAAGCGGAAAAGUAUUUGAUGACUUAUAUCAGCGAUGCUCCAGAAGACGAACUCAAAUGUGAACUAGAGAUAUUCGAAUUACAACAGUACAAUUUGACUGCAAAAGCUUGGAAACCUGUUGGCUAUACAAAAGACUUUUACUCGCUCAACCAUCCAGAUAGAAUACUCAAGAGUGAAGAAAACGAUGGAAGUGAGAAUGAUCUGUUCGAUGCUCCGUUUAACGAGCAUGCGGAGCCUCGAGUCGUACUGGUUGCAACUCUUUCGGAAAUCAGGGCCCCCCUUGGUUGGAAAUUUGUCGAUAGCAGGUGGUCGAUUGACCUCGAUCCCCACCUGUGGGUCGUGGACAACUGUAUCAUGGACCUUGUGAGCGUAGACGACGAGGAGAAGUGGGUAUAUGACGCGGUAGUGAAGGAAGAUGAACCUGCCGGCAACAUUUACAGAAGACGUCGCUGGUAUAGGUACAGCCAGAGGCAAGCUAUCAACAAGAAGGGCAAGGAGAAGGCUGAGACCGAGCAGCAGGAUCUGCACGAGUGA